CCUCUAUCAAUUAUUAUAUGUAAAAAUGAUAGUAGCGAAUUGAAAGAUAGCUACUACCCAGCCCCAACAACCACACUAAAAAACAAACUAGUGUUGAAGGGAAAUGAUCCUAAUCCAAAGUAUAUAAAGGUGGCAAGGCAAACCCCUGUAUGCACUUCAUCACACUCACAGAGAGAUACAUAGAGAUCAAAGAUGGGUGCAGCCACAGUAGCAAUCCCCGAAGUGGUUCUAGAAUCAUCGAAUGGGCAACGCAGGAUCCCAGUGAUUGGGCUGGGCACUGCCCCUGAAGCCAGCAGCAAGGUGUCGACCAAAGACGCUGUUGUUGAGGCCAUUAAGCAAGGCUACAGGCACUUCGAUGCCGCCUCUGCUUACGGCGUUGAGCAGUCCGUCGGAGAAGCCAUCCAAGAAGCUCUCCAACUUGGACUCAUUUCUUCCCGGGAUCAACUCUUCAUCACCACCAAAAUCUGGGUCACUGACAACCACCCUCACCUCAUUCUCCCUGCUCUCCAAAAAUCACUUAAGACACUUCAACUGGACUACUUGGACCUGUAUCUGAUCCACUGGCCCAUAUCAGCAAAACCAGGAAAGGUGACAUAUCCCAUUGAGCAGUCGGAGCUGGUGCCAUUUGACAUGGAGGGUGUCUGGAAAUCCAUGGAGGAAUGCCAGAGACUGGGCCUCACUAAAGCCAUUGGAGUUAGCAACUUCUCCAUCAAGAAACUCCAGAAGCUUCUCUCCUUUGCCACCAUCCCCCCCGCAGUGAACCAGGUGGAAGUCAACCUUGCCUUCCAGCAACACAAGCUGAGGGAAUUCUGCAAGUCCAAAGGCAUCACCGUAACUGCCUUCUCUCCUCUGAGGAAAGGUGCGAGCAGGGGAACCAACAUGGUGAUGGACAACGACGUUCUCAAGGAACUGGCGGACGCUCAUGGCAAGACUGUUGCUCAGAUCUGUCUGCGAUGGAUCUACGAGCAAGGCUUGACGGUUGUGGCUAAGAGCUAUGACAAGGAGAGAAUGAAGCAGAACCUGGAAAUCUUCGAUUGGUGUUUGACGGACGAAGAUUACAAGAAAAUUAGUGAAAUCCAUCAAGAUAGACUCAUCAAGGGACCCACCAAGCCUCUUCUCCAUGAUCUCUGGGACGAGGAGGAUGAUCAUCAGUAAUUAAUAAUGCUAAUUAAUUAAUGCUAUGCUCUCUCUCUAAAUAAAUUAUCUAUCAUGGAUAUGUAAUAUCUACACCCUAAUUAAAUUUCCCGCAUUUGUCUUCGUUUUAGAGGUCUUUUAUUACACAUGAGAAUGCAUGAGUUAUUGUACUUACAUAUAAUUCUACUGUACUUGUGUUUCUUUUGGCUAUCCUCUUUUAUUUUAAACGACCAAUUUCUUAAACAAAAAAGAAAAGAGUUUAAAUUGUGUUAUGCUUUCAGGUUGUAUUUUUGUUUUGAGUUGUGUCUUGUAACUUUCGCCUAACUUUUGGCUAGGUGUGACUGAGAACGAUUAUUGGAAGAAAUAAUUAUUUAUGAUAAACAUUUCAACCUUGGAUAA